AGUAACAUCCAGAUAUACGCUGUAAAACCUAAUGAUAUUCAUGAUGUUAACGCAGUGACCAUUGAAGAUGUCUUGGAUGAAGAUGUGGAGGCAGAGAAACAGAGGAUAAAGGAGCGGUGCCUGCCAGUUGACUCUCCAUUUCUUUAUCUUUGUGUAAAUGACGAUAUCUCUGAGCCAACUCUAAGAAUGCAUCCUGUAGGCGGAAAGGGAGGAGGUUGGUAUUACUCUUUAAUUUUUUAAAAAUUAAUUUCACUUAUUGGUCUCUAUAGCUGUUAUUUUCAGUAGUGCUUGGCGGCCUGUUGUUAUGACCAAUUUCCUUUAAACUUUCACCCUAGAAACUUUACAGUGUGCUUUGGAAGGAUGCAGCAAUUGGUGUACUGAUGCAUCAAAAGCAAUACAGACCCUGAAAGGACUUUAUGAGAUAAAGGGCAUUUUUGGCAACUUAAGUGACAGUGAGGUUGCACAACUGAAGAUAUGCAAUGUCCAUUACAAUAAAGAUCACCGCCGGCAUCAUUCUUCUCAGAAGGAAAAUACGGUGACAUGUAUCACAGAAUUUAUAUGUAUGACAUGCAACAAAAAAGUAAGAGCGACAAGAUCCUUGCCAUGUCAUAAACACAUACUCCAAGUACAGAAUGGUGAGGUCUUCAUAUGUUCUUCUGUGUCAUGCAGUUUUUUUUUGGAAAGUACAAGGCAAGCAAGCACUGAAGAGAAUGAGGGUUUCUAUCAUCAAUGUUCAGCAAUAUCACCAGCAAAGAUAACAAACUAUGUCUGUGUAGAAUGUAGGGACCCAUUCCUGGAAAUGGCAAAAAUGCAAAAGAAAUAUGAAAAGACUAAACAAAGCCCCCAUACUCUUUUGGAAAAAAUGGAAACCCAGGAGUCAUCAAAUAAGACAGGUCCAAACAAAAAUGACAUUUGUACCAUGGAACUGCCAAAAAGGAAAUUACUUUUUGCUGAUAAAGAAAGCAACACUAAAACAGAGUUAAAGGCCCGUCAGUUUCAACUGAAAGAAGUAUUUGAAGAAAUCAUUGAACAAACAAACAGUGAAGUUGAAGUCUUUGUUGGAAUGGUCAAAAAUUCCUCGCUCAUGAUAUCUAAAAAUGACCUUCUAAGUGGGAAAGUAAAAAACAACAAAAAAUUAAUUGUCAAUUUCCACAAAGACUCAGUAAUUGCAAAAUACGAUGUGAUUGAUAACACUGUCACUGAUAACACUGAUAACACUGUCUUUCCUUUUCCUUUCCUUUCUUUUCCUUUCAAUUUUUUUUUCUUUUAACUGGUCCGCCUAGAUUAGCAAUUGCUAUUUUGCGGGCCAGUCUAUUGUAACUAAUAGUCUUAUGAAAUAAAGUUGAAGUUGAAGUUGAAGUUGAUACCUUCUAAAACCACAUCACAAGAUGACAAUGCAAUCUUUGACAAAGGAAAUUCUUGUUGCCUUUAAAGAACUACAGGACUCACAUAUUUGUUGUGGUAUUUUCGAACAACACUGGGUAACUGCUUGUAAGCACUAUAACUUGAACAAUGUAUUCAAAGGGAACAGGACCAAGUAUCACAUAGACAACUCCCACACCCUUCAAGACCCUAGACAAGCAACAGAAGUGAUCUGUGAGACAGUGCGAAGCACACUACAGAAUGGCAGCAACUGUCAUGUCAUCUUGCCCAAGUCAGGUGGGGAUGGUAGUGCACGGCAAUUUAGAUGUGAACCCUGUAGUCAGCUUCUGCGGAAAUGUAUUCGGAAACUACCUCGUGUAUUUGUGAAACCCAAUUUAAAUGAUGGAAGAACAGACCAAAAUUCAAAAACACCCAUGACAUCCUUACAACCAGAGGAUCUUCUUCAACGAUGUAGGCGAAUGGGUGAAUACAUUCAUAAAUUAAAAAAGUCUCAAAGCUUGCUUUUGAAGCAGUAUGAACAUGAAAGCAAAAGAGAAAACCUGAUAAAAAUGCCUGAAAAUGUGUUCUUAACAUCUGGAAAACUGGGCUCGUUGAUUGACCUUGCCUUUUCACAAAACUUGCUUCAAGAAAAUUCCGUCCUAUAUGCAUUGUUAUGUGAUACUCUUACCUCACUAAUAAAAGCAGAAGCUGAAUGCAAAGACCCUACAAAGCUGGGGAAGAAAAUGCAACCGAAAGGAAUGCGCUUCCAUCCAGUUGUCUUGAAGUGGUGCGCAGAACUAGCAAGAAAGUGUGGCCAGGGAGGCUAUAACUUGGUAAGAGAAAUCUUACCAAUUCCAUCUCUCAUCACAGUUAAUAGCUACAGGCAAUCUCAAAAAUCUUACAGAGUUGUUUCACCAGAUAACUUAAAACUGUUCUCACAAGAACUCACAAGGCAUAACUGCAAGGGAAUAGGUGGCAUCCACUGGGACGAGAUUUACAUCAAAAAGGGUAUUAAAGUAUGUGCUAGAACCAACCAACUUGUUGGUUUUGAGGACUUAGAGAUCCCUGAAAAUAUUUUAGAAGUGAUCAACAAGGAUGAAAAAGAGCCCAAAAAAACUAAUGGAUACCAAAUAUUUCAAAGCAGUGAUUGUGAAGAUUCCUUGACUGAUGAAGCCUCCACAUGCAAUGAAACAGAUGAAGAAUUGACAGAAACCUCCAGCAGACCAGUCACCAAAAUAAUCCUCCAGUUCUUCUGGUCUUCUAUAGAAGGGGACUUUGCAUGGCCAGUUGCCAGCUUUCCAGUAAACAAAUUAAAUGCAAAAACACUUGGAAAUUGUGUAUGGAGUACUAUUAGUAUUCUAAGUGAGUUAAAGUUUGGUAGAAACAACGAUAAGAAAGUUCAAGCGCUCUAUGGUGUAUGUGAUGGCGCAACUCACAGCUCAGCAUUCUUUAAUCAGUAUGGCUCCACAAAUUGGAUGACAGAAAAUCCUUUCAAUAACAACUUUCUAAUAUCUCAAAAACGCAAUCUCAAGUACAGCAAU